AUGAUACAAAUGAAGAGAGAUGCACUUGGUAUUUUAUCUGGCAUUAUUGUUUUAACACCACCAAUUAUUGUACUAAUUGUUUUGUUAACAUAUCAACGGGACAGUAUUAAAGUUGGAAAAUUUAAUAAAUAUAGUAAAUUAAACACAGUUAAUAGUGAUGCAAAAAAACCUGAAAAUGUUAAUUGUUCUGUAACUUAUUUACCUGAUGAAGAAGUUUCAAUUGAAUUGUUAAAAUUUUGA